AUGGCUUCAUCUAAUGGUUUUUUUAACCAGUUAACCUACUUUCUGGCUGCUGGCGCUGUCAGUUUGGGAAUCGGCUUCUUUGCUUUGGCGUCAGCUUUGUGGUUUCUGAUUUGCAAACGAAGAGAAAUAUUUCAAAAUUCCAAAUUUAAAGCAGCUGAUGAGAAAUGCAUGCAAAGUUCAUCGAAGAUUAAAUCGCAUUCACAGUGUGUUUUUAUUUCUCGAAACUUUCAUACUGGAAGAUUCCAAUUACAGGAGGAGCCAAGAAGAAAAGAAGCAACAUGUAUAAAAGUUCAAGAUCAUCCUACAGAUGAGCUUCAUCCUGCAACACAAAAGGUCAUUGGUCAUCCCCCGAGGAGUAGCUCCUCUACAGACCUCAGCAGUACAUUGAGCUUUUCAACAUUACCACCUGGCUCCCACUACAGCCGAAGUAUAGAAGCAGCUGAUGAUUGGUUUUCCGAUGAGUCCCUCAUGAAAAAGAGCCCGCCAAUGCCUCCUCCCAAGGAACUUCUAAUGGAAAAAAUAUUUUCCUAUUUGUCUAGCUUUUCUUUAGAAGAUUACACUGAAAAUGUCACAAACACGACACAGUGUGAUGGUCAAAAAGAUGACAGCGAUAAGGAAAUCUUUUCACAGAGAGACACAGAGGCUGAAAUACAAAACCUUCAGCAAAACUUUCAAUGACUGCUUUGGAGACCUAGUGUGCACUGAAAUCUGGCAAGGUUGAAGCUGAGUCACCAUCCGCCGAGCCUCUUAACAUGUCUGUGCUAAUGCUGCUUUUCUUGUACUUUACCAUAGAGCAGUCCCACUUCCCUUGCUAGUUCUUAUUUCUAGGAACAAAAUUAAAGGAAGAAUUAGGGUGAUAUGAACAUUUAGCUUAACCCCUCAUAUAUCAUUCUAAAGACAUCAAUAAAUGAUAGAAAUGUACCUCCAUAUACAGGAGAAACACUUAAAAAAUCUUCAGCACAAAUAAAAUAUAUUUUUGAAUAAAACAUAC